AUGAUGAAAAGUACGUUGCCGAAAGAUAAACCUGGCAAGAUGAGGAUUAGAGCUUUCCCUAUGACUAUGGAUGAAAAGUAUGUGGAGAGUAUAUGGAGUUUAUUAAAAAAUGCAAUACAAGAAAUUCAGAAAAAAAAUAAUUCAGGACUCUCAUUUGAAGAAUUAUACAGAAAUGCUUAUACAAUGGUGCUCCACAAACAUGGGGAGCGAUUGUACACAGGGCUUAAGGAAGUAGUAACACAUCACCUCGAGAAUAAGGUCCGUGAAGACGUCCUUCACUCAUUACAUAAUGGAUUUUUGCAAACACUUAACAAUGCAUGGACAGAUCAUCAAACGAGUAUGGUGAUGAUCAGAGAUAUACUGAUGUAUAUGGACAGAGUCUAUGUACAACAAAAUGACGUUGAUAAUGUGUAUAAUUUAGGUCUUAUUAUAUUUAGGGAUCAGGUCGUUCGCUAUGGUUGUAUCAGAGACCACUUGCGACAAACUCUCUUGGAGCUAGUAGCACGCGAGAGAAGAGGGGAAGUCGUGGACAGGCUUGCUAUACGCAACGCUUGUCAAAUGCUGAUGGUACUCGGGAUCAACUCCAGAGCAGUUUAUGAGGAGGACUUUGAGAAACCCUUCUUACAUCAGUCGGCAGAGUUUUAUCGAAUGGAAUCUCAAAAGUUCUUAGCGGAGAACAGUGCGGCUGUGUACAUAGCGCGAGUGGAGGCCCGAAUAAGCGAAGAGGCAGAGAGGGCCCGGCACUACCUCGAAGAAAGCACCGAACCCCGGGUCGUAUCUGUUCUGGAACAUGAGCUCAUCGAACGACAUAUGAAGACCAUCGUAGAGAUGGAAAACUCUGGCGUGGUGCAUAUGUUGAUGCACACUCGCACUGUAGAGCUGGCCUGCGUAUACAAGUUGCUUUCGCGCGUGCAAGAGGGCCUUCGAACCGUCGCAGACGCUGUGUCAGCACAUUUGCGAGAACAGGGACGCGCUCUCGUCACAGACACACACCACAACACCAACGCCAUCGCCUAUGUGCAGAACCUACUCGAUCUGAAAGAUAGAUUUGAUCACUUCCUCCACAACUCAUUCAACAAUGACAAGAUUUUCAAGCACAUGAUUGCCUCGGACUUUGAAUACUUCCUUAAUCUCAACAACAAGUCGCCAGAGUUCCUUUCCCUGUUUAUCGAUGGCAAGCUCAAGAAGGGAGAAAAGGGCAUGAGCGAGCAAGAAAUAGAAGCUGUGUUAGACAAAACAAUGGUGCUCUUCCGCUUCCUGCAAGAGAAAGAUGUAUUCGAACGUUACUACAAGCAACACCUCGCGAAACGACUGCUUCUCAAUAAAUCCGUCUCUGAUGACAGCGAAAAAAAUAUGAUCUCUAAGCUAAAGACUGAAUGUGGUUGUCAGUUCACAUCGAAAUUGGAAGGAAUGUUCAAAGACAUGACAGUGUCCAACACAAUAAUGGAGGAAUUCAAGGAGCACGUCAUAUCAUCCGGGAGCAACUUGCAUGGGGUGGAUUUGUCCGUGCGCGUGCUGACCACAGGCUUCUGGCCCACGCAGAGUGCUACGCCCAAGUGUAACAUACCGGCCGCGCCCAGGAUGGCGUUUGAAGUUUUCAGAAGCUUCUACUUGGCAAAGCAUUCCGGACGGCAGCUAUCUUUACAACCUCAGCUGGGCAGUGCAGAUCUUCACGCGACAUUCAGAGGCGUGGCGCCCGCUGGGUCCUCCCCGCCACGAUCGCCCCCCCUCGGAUCGCAGUCUGCGCACACGCCCCCGCGCCGACACAUUAUACAAGUCUCCACUUUCCAGAUGUGCGUGUUACUACUCUUCAAUAAACGGGAACGGCUCACAUAUGAGGAAAUCCUAAACGAGACUGACAUCCCGGAGAAAGAUCUCGUACGCGCGCUGCAGUCGCUUGCCAUGGGCAAACCUACUCAGCGGGUGCUCAUCAAACACCCGAAGACCAAGGAGAUCGAACCCUCUCAUCAGUUUUACGUCAAUGAUGCCUUUACGUCGAAACUGCACAGGGUAAAAAUCCAGACCGUAGCAGCGAAGGGUGAAUCCGAGCCGGAACGUCGCGAGACCCGAAACAAAGUGGACGAGGACCGUAAGCAUGAAAUUGAGGCAGCAAUCGUGCGCAUUAUGAAGGCCAGAAAGAAGAUGGCGCACACGUUGCUAGUGGCAGAAGUGACGGAGCAACUGCGUGCGCGUUUCCUGCCUUCACCAGUCGUCAUCAAGAAACGCAUCGAAGGGCUCAUCGAGCGCGAGUACCUGGCGCGUACGCCCGACGACCGCAAGGUCUACACAUACGUCGCAUAG